AUGCAGUCCACGUUUCAGGACUCUGGAUGUGGGGAGAGAGAAAUGAGCUUUUGUGGCAGCCUCCCGCAUGGACUGGGAAGCCACGUGUCACCCACCAGCUCUCACUUGCCCCGAGAGAAAGUGCGGGAUGAGAUCUCUCUGGCCCUGAGCUGUGUCCUCUGGGGCGGGGUGGUGCAAGUCAAGGGAAGCUGCAUCUCGCGCUCUCUCAGCGCAUCCAAACUCACAGUUUCGGGCUCCAAAGGUGGGCUGAGACUUCUGGAAGCCCGGACUUCUCAAAGGCUCUCUGGUCUGUGGGUGACUGUUUUAGACAGGGUUUUCCAGGGGCUACUGCCAAGGCUGGGGAGGGGGGUGCGGGCUGCUCGCGCCAGUUCACGGGCUAUUUCAGGGUCCAGCCAGAGCCCAAGUCUGUGUCCCUGUUAG